AUGCGCGAUGCCAAGAACUGGGAGGACCAGGACAAGCUCUCCGACUACAUUCCCGGAUCAGGCGACCUAAGCCGUGCUCCAACAGCUUCGGCUUCCGUCUCGAGAGCACAGACACCACCCAACAAGCGACCUGCCGACUCCGACGACGAAGAUGCCGACGAGCUCGACGACGAUGGUGACGUCUCCAUGGCUUCCCCCUCCAAGACGCCUCGACAGCUCGAGAAGGAGCGCGAAAAGACGGAACGCGCCGCGGCACGCAAGCAGGAGAAGGCGGUCAAGGCUGCUCAGAAUGAAACGCUCGCCAGCACGCGCGAAGAGAUGAACAAAUCCAAGCUCGCAGACAGCAUGAAGCGUUUCUCGUACCUCCUCGGUCAGACAGAACUCUUCCAGCACUUUAUCGACCUCAAAAAGGAGCGCGACGAGGACUUCCGUCAGCUGCUCGAACAGUCGCAGCAGACCAACUCGAAGAAGUCCAAAAAGGGCGGAGACAACCGUCGCAGAAAGACAGAAAAGGAGGAGGACGAGGAGCUCCUCAAGGAAGGCGACGAGGACGAAGAGGAGACGUUCGUUUUCGACGAAUCCCCCGCGUACGUCAAAGGUGGCAAGAUGCGAGACUAUCAGGUGCAGGGUCUCAACUGGAUGAUUUCGCUCUACCACAACGGUAUCAACGGUAUCCUCGCCGACGAGAUGGGUCUUGGCAAGACGCUCCAGACCAUCUCCUUCCUCGGCUAUCUCCGCGACUUCCGCAACACGCCUGGAUUCCACCUCGUCGUCGUGCCCAAGUCGACGCUUGACAACUGGUACCGCGAAUUCCACCGUUGGGUGCCCGGCUUCAACGUUGUCACACUCAAAGGUUCGCGCGAAGAACGUGAAAAGGUCAUCCAGGACCACCUUCUGCCGCAAGACUUUGACGUGCUCAUCACCACCUACGAGAUGUGUCUGCGCGAAAAAAGCGCGCUCAAGAAGCUCUCGUGGGAGUACAUUGUCAUCGACGAGGCGCACAGGAUCAAGAACGUCGACUCGAUGCUGUCCCAGAUCGUGCGUGCCUUCAAUUCGCGUUCGCGCCUCCUGAUCACGGGUACACCGCUGCAGAAUAACCUGAUGGAGUUGUGGUCGUUGCUCAACUUCCUCCUUCCCGACGUCUUUAGCAACUCGGAGGACUUCGAGUCUUGGUUCAAGGACAAGGGCGACGAGAACCAGGAUCAAGUCGUCCAACAGCUGCACAAGGUGCUUCGACCCUUCCUGCUGCGUCGUGUCAAGGCCGACGUCGAAAAGUCGCUACUCCCCAAGAAGGAGAUUAACAUCUUCGUCGGCUUGACCGAGAUGCAGCGCAAGUGGUACAAGAGCAUCCUCGAAAAGGACAUUGACGCCGUCAAUGGAGGUGUCGGCAAGAAGGAAGGCAAGACUCGUCUGCUCAACAUCGUGAUGCAACUGCGCAAGUGCUGCAACCACCCGUACCUCUUCGAUGGCGCCGAGCCCGGUCCGCCUUUCACCACGGAUGAGCACCUGGUCGACAAUUCGGGCAAGAUGGUCAUCCUCGACAGAUUGCUGCACAAGAUGAAGGAGAAAGGGUCGCGCGUGCUCAUCUUCAGUCAGAUGAGCCGUGUGCUCGACAUCCUCGAGGACUAUUGUCUGUUCCGCGAGUACCAGUACUGCCGAAUCGACGGUGGUACGGCGCACGAAGACCGUAUCGCUGCCAUCGACGAGUACAACAAGCCUGGAUCCGAAAAGUUUGUGUUUUUGCUCACCACCCGAGCCGGCGGGUUGGGCAUCAACCUCACCACAGCGGACAUCGUCGUGCUCUUCGAUUCGGACUGGAACCCGCAGGCUGAUCUGCAGGCCAUGGACCGAGCUCACCGAAUCGGUCAAACCAAGCAGGUCUACGUCUUCCGUUUCGUCACGGAGCACGCCAUCGAAGAGCGAAUCCUCGACCGAGCCGCGCAGAAGCUUCGUCUCGACCAACUCGUCAUCCAACAGGGACGAGCGCAGCAAGCGGCCAAAGCGGCUCAAUCCAAGGACGAUUUAGUCGACAUGAUCCAGCACGGCGCCGAGAAGAUCAUCUCUUCCAAAGAGGACAUGUCGAUCAACGAGGAUAUUGACGAGAUCAUCUCGCGCGGCGAAGAGAGGACGCAGGCGAUCCAAGCCAAAUACCAAGGGCUCAACCUGGACGACCUGAACAACUUCAAGUCGGACACCGUAUACAACUGGGAAGGAAACGACUUUUCGGAACGCAAGCCCAUCGGACAGCUCUGGAUCGAGCCCAGCAAGCGCGAACGCAAAGCCAACUACUCCAUCGACAACUACUACCGAGACGCCAUGCGGGUGGGUCCCAAACCUACGCAGCCGAAAGCCCCGCGUGCUCCCAAGCAGAUCAACAUUAACGACUUCCAGUUCUAUCCGGCUAGGUUGGUCGAGCUGCAGGAGAGGGAGACGGCCGCCUAUCAGCGAUCCAUCGGAUAUCGCGUUCCUGCCAAGGAGGCAGGUGAUGGUCAGACGGCAGAAGAGGCUGAGCAGGAGAGGAAGGAGGAGCAAGAAUUCAUCGAUACAGCCGAAGGUCUCACCGAGGAGGAAGUCGAGGAGAAGGAGAGCCUUGCACAGGAAGGGUUCGGAAACUGGAACAGGCGAGAGUUCCAGAUCUUUGUCCGCGGUUGCGAGAGGUACGGACGCAAAGCGUUCGCUCUCAUCGCUGCCGACAUGCCGGACCUCAGCAAAACCGAGAAAGAAGUUCGCGAGUACUCGCGCGUGUUUUGGGAUCGAAUCGAUGAACUCGCUGACUCGUCGAAGCUCAUUGCGAGGAUUGAAGAGGGCGAAUCGAAGCUCAUCAAGCAGCAGCACCAGGAGUCGGUGUUGCGGAAAAAGGUUUCGGCGUACCGUAGUCCUCUGCUGCAGAUGAAGGUCGUGUACGGGCAGAACAAGGGCAAAUCGUACUCCGAGGAGGAAGAUCGAUUCCUCCUGGUCAAGUUGGCAGAGUACGGGUUGGGAGAGGCGAGCGAAACAUACGACAAGAUCAAGAAGGACGUCAUGGGCUGGCCAGGAUUCCGAUUCGACUGGUUCAUCAAGAGCCGAACUCCGCAGGAGCUGGGUAGGAGGUGCAACACACUGCUGCUGUUGGUGCUCAAGGAGAUGGGCGAGGAGGAAGGGCCGAGUGCGGGAGGUGGAGCCAAGAAGAGGAAGAGCGGCGUCGGCGUCGGCGAGGGCAGUCAGGCCGGGAGCAGUAGAGGUGGUACGCCGAUGGCGACCGGUGGAGCGAGCAAGAAGAAGAAGAAGUGA